AUGACCUCUCCUCCUUCGACCAGCCGUCCCCGUGGUGGUCACGCGGCCUCUGGCUGGAACGGGAUCUACCUCGCAAGCGAGCUGCUCCUCGCUACCGUGGAGGCGCUGCCCGCGUCGGGCGAGGACGGCGUCGGCCGGAUCCUCGAGCAGGAGGCGCAGGCGAUCGGCCGCGGCGGCUGGGGCGGCGGGUUAUCGCUCACGGUGCUCUGCGAGGCGCUCGGCUGCAGGAUCGGCGUCGUGGAGUACCGCGAGGGCAAGUACGGGCCCGCCCACGUCCAGAGCCAGCUGGACAAGGGCCAGGCCAAGCCGAGCGACGGCGGCGGCUAUGUGGCGUACAAGAAGGCGGACUACGCGCACGCCCUCUCGCGCUCGGACACCGACGUGCAGAUGUACCUGUUUGAAACCUUCGGCGGGUGGUGCAACGCGGUCAAACGGCUGUUCUACCAGAUGAAGGACAAGGUGCGCAACAAGCUCUCGAAGCGGCAGCACGAGGACGAGGCGAGCUGGUCGACGCGGUCGUGGCUGUCGCUGCAGGCCCAGCGCAUGUCAGUCGCGCUGCAGCUCGCGGCGGCGGAAGAGAUUGCGACCGAGCUCAGGCUCGCCGCGGCGUCGGAGGACGCCGCCGUCGCCUAG